AAAUAGAAACAAAGUUGGUUACAAAUCACACUGGCUUUGCCCGAAGGUCGCCCCCCCCCUCCAACCCCUCCCACUCUUCUUUAGCAUGCUGCCCAUGGGGACAGCGACCACUGCUGUCAGCGCGGUAGGUCGGGGUGGUCUACUGGCGAGGGAGAAGCUGUAAGUCCUACGGUGACCAUGGUACCUGUUGAAAACACAGAGGGCCCCAAACUGCUGAACCAGAAGGGGAGAGAGGCGGAGACCGAAGGCAGCUGUGGAGCCAGCGGCGGCCGGCAUCCUGCCUGCGCGGGAGGUCCCAGCAUGUUCACAUUCCUGACUUCUGUUACCGCAGCCAUCAGCGGCCUCCUAGUGGGUUAUGAACUUGGGCUCAUCUCUGGAGCUCUUCUGCAGAUCAGAACACUAUUAGCCCUGACCUGCCAGGAGCAGGAAAUGGUUGUGAGCUCCCUCCUCAUUGGGGCAUUCCUUGCCUCUCUUAGUGGAGGCAUGCUGAUAGACAGGUAUGGAAGAAGGCUCACCAUAAUCCUGUCAUCCUGCCUCCUAGGACUUGGAAGUUUAGUCUUGAUAAUGAGUUUGUCUUACACACUUCUUAUCAUGGGGCGUGUUGCUAUAGGGGUUUCUAUCUCCCUCUCUUCCAUUGCCACGUGUGUGUACAUUGCGGAGAUUGCCCCCCAACACAGAAGAGGACUUCUUGUGUCACUGAACGAGCUGAUGAUUGUCACUGGUAUCCUCUUGGCCUAUAUUUUAAAUUACGCAUUUGCCAACAUCUCCAAUGGUUGGAAGUAUAUGUUUGGCCUCGUGAUUCCCCUGGGGGUUCUGCAAGCAAUCGCAAUGUACUUUCUUCCCCCAAGUCCUCGUUUCCUGGUGAUGAAGGGACAAGAGGAGGCUGCGGGCAAGGUCCUUGGGAAGCUAAGAGUGAUCUCAGACACCACCGAAGAACUCACUUUGAUCAAAUCUUCCUUGAAAGAUGAGUAUCAGUAUAGGUUUUGGGAUCUGUUUCGGUCCAAGGACAACAUGAGGACCAGAAUCCUGAUAGGGCUAACACUGGUAUUUUUUGUCCAAACCACUGGCCAGCCAAACAUACUAUUCUAUGCAUCAACGGUCUUGAAGUCUGUUGGCUUCCAGAGCAAUGAGGCAGCUAGCCUUGCCUCCACUGGGGUUGGAGUGGUCAAAGUGGUUAGCACCAUCCCUGCAACCCUCCUUGUGGACCAUGUUGGCAGCAAAACCUUCCUCUGCAUUGGCUCCUCUGUGAUGGCUGCUUCCCUAUUGACCAUGGGCGUUGUGAAUCUCAAUAUCAACAUGAACUUCACCAACAUCUGCAGAAGCCAUAGUCCUCUUAACCAGUCCCUGGAGGAGUUUGUGUUCUAUGCAACAGGAAACCUGUCGAUUAGCAACAGCAGUAUCAGAGAGCACUUUAAAAGAAUCACUCCCUACAGCAAGGGCUCAUUUAUGCCCAUGGGGAAUGGCAUGGAUCCGAAAGGGGAGAUGACCUUCACAUCUUUACCAAAUGCUGGACUGAGCCAAACUGCACACCAGGGAGUCACAGACCCUGCAGUCAUCCCAGCUGCUUACAAAUGGCUGUCCCUGGCCAGCUUGCUUGUUUAUGUGGCUGCGUUUUCAAUUGGUCUGGGACCCAUGCCUUGGCUGGUGCUCAGUGAGAUCUUUCCUGGUGGAAUUAGAGGCCGUGCCAUGGCCCUGACUUCUAGCAUGAACUGGGGCAUCAACCUUCUCAUCUCCUGGACAUUUCUGACAGUGACUGAUCUUAUUGGCUUGCCGUGGGUAUGCUUCAUAUACACAAUCAUGAGUCUGGCAUCCCUGGUUUUUGUUGUUCUGUUUAUACCUGAGACUAAGGGAUGCUCUUUGGAACAAAUAUCAGUGGAGCUAGCAAAGGCGAACUAUGUGAAAAACAACAUUUGUUUUAUGAGUCAUCACCAGGAAGAAUUAGUGCCAACACAGCUUCAAAAAAGAAAGCCCCAAGAGCAACUCCCAGAGUGUAAGAAGCUGUGUGGAAGGGGACAGUCACAGCAGCCCUCACCAGAGACCUAAGGGGCUCCAAUCCCAUGUGGCACAGUAGCAGGACUUACAAGAGUCUCUGCCAUGGUUUCUCCUCACUGUUAUGGAGAAAUUUUACAUGGACAUCCUGAAUCUGGAAAAAAAAAAAAUCACUAUUAAUUCCUCUUCCCCAAAACAGACUUUUGCCAAAAGGUACAUGAGGCACCAAAGCCCUGAUGUCAAGUAAAACAAUACUGGAAGGUUCAACGCCUUCAACUUUUCCUCUACUUCAGCUUUGAAAACACUAUGUUCUAGUGAUGAGGCCUGCCUCUGCCUUAAGCUGUCUGUGUAGGAUGCCACUCACAGCUUGAUACUCUGACACAGUUGUGUUCUGGUCAGACACUUACCAUGUGUGUCUCUGAAGACACUCCUUGCUCCGGGUCUUCUGUCAACACACUGUGGAUGAUUUCAUUGCAUCUAUGUUGUAGAUUAGGAUGGUGUCCUGGAUAAGACUUCAGUUAUCACUCAAGUCCACCAGUACAAAGAUUAUGCAGCUUGUACAACACACACUAGUCAAUCAAAAUAUUCUUUUGUAAGUCUUAUGUCAAUUUUUAAAACUCUAAGAUAAAACCAUUUUCCAUCUUUUUUGUUUGUUUGUUUAAAUGAUUAGAAAAAUCACCUUAAAAUUACUGGGACCAUAUUUAUUUAGAAAUAGCUGUUAGUAAAUAUUAGUAAAGGAGUCCAACAUAAUAUUAUUUAUCCAGACCUCUAAGCAGUUAGCUUUAAGUUAUACAGUCAAAUCUCGUAAGAGUUGCCUCCUGGGAAGGUUUCUGUAGUAGCCUGUAGCACCCCACAGCUUUCUGCACUUCUUCCCACUCCUUAGGAGUCACUCUACCUCAGGUACAGCAGACUGGCCCUCAGUGCUCACCUCCGAUGGAUUCACACACAGGGAACAGCACUGACAUCAGGAUAGGUACCUUCCUUUCUGUGAUAAGCAGUGAUGUUGAGCCAUACCUGCAAGGUGGCUUUUACCCACAUGAUGUGCUUCUCUGGCCUCUAUUUUUUCCACUUAAAUAAAUUUGAUAAAGCAUUUUACCAACAGAAUUUGCAGAAAAAGACCACUUAAUUUGGGAUUUUCUUCCUUUCACUACCAAACGGUCCCAGUCUGACAGAGUGCAUGCCUACCGCAUCCCCUGGUAGCAGAGAGCAGAGACAAUGACAAUGAGAGGAAGCAGCAGUAAGAGAGCAGUGCCUGAGCCUCAGGAGCACAACAGGAGGCCUAGUUCUUAAAUGCAGCCUCUAAAUUAACCAAGAAGUUGUAAGGGAGGGAGACUUAAAUCUUGAUUAUGUCAUAGUAUAUUUCAUAUCAAGUAAGAAUGUGCACUGGUUUCCUUCGUUGAGGGAAGAGAGGGCAAGGCAUGUUUUACAGAGCAUCACUUCACAUUGAUCACGAGUCUCUGGAAUUAUAGGCCACAUUUUAAAAAAUACUUAAGGUAGGUUAUCAAAGCAAGCUUUUUUUCUUUUGUCCCUCCAAGUUCUCAGAUUAGGAUAUUUUAAAAACUGUUAAAUGAUUCAGUUUUACACAUACAUGGGCACACACUGCUAUUUCGUUUGUGUACUCCUUGUGAAUGGGCGAAAAGUAAUACGCAAACGUAGCUUAUUACUAAUCACUUCACUGGAGUGUUGUAAACCUUCUACUGUUCUUUUCAUAGUAUGGAACUAUACACUUGUGUUUUCAAAAUAACUUUUUACCCAGUAUUAGUCCCACCCUACCUCCCAGCACAUGAAGCCUAUGGUUUUCAAAAAUAAAAAGGGGGAAUACUUAAAACUUGUAUGUAUAUAUUCACAAUUUUUAUUUAUAUAAAAAAUUUUACAGUACUUGUAGAAAACCAGGCAACCCGGGACCAGUAACUGCUUCCCGAUUUGUUCCGGGGACUGUGCAGGAAGGAAGGUGCCAGACAGUGCACACACAGGUGAACCCAGACUUGGCCAUGCUUGUUCCUCGAACACUUCCCAAGAGCUUCAGCUCUGCCUGGCUUUUAGGUUACUGGACAUUGAAACUGUUAUAGCAUUUAAUCUGCACUUUCCCUGUCUGAGUUUCUGUCUCGCAUACACAUUUCUGAACACUGCAAACCAGGAGUUCACUGUUAAGCAAGUGGUAAACCCUCAGUUUUCAAACAGUCUACCUCUACCUCUGAAUUUUUGAUAAUCUUA